GGUUAACCAAAUGCAAGUGCAAGGAAAUGAAACAUAUUCGUUAUCUUGCGUUGCUGCAUUAUCUCACAAAAUGUGGUAGAUUCAAAAACCAUAAAAAUGAUCACACAUUGUGAAAAGUUCUCAGUUGCUCUAUAUUAUAGCUACAACCAAUAUCAAGUUAAGUAUCUAAAUAAAAUGUUCAAAUUUUUUUUCUUGUUAUUGCCCUUUGCAGCAGGCAGCUUCAUGGACACGGAAACUCCAAUACCAUUAUUACUAGGAUCAUCAGGCGACGAUCGACCAACUACUACCAACAGAGACGAUAUAGAUAUAAUUUCUAGAACCUCGCGUUUCUAUUUUCUUGGACCACAAAAAGUCAAUUGGUUCGAAGCUCACUAUUUAUGUCAGCAAUAUGGGAUGGAACUGGCCACUGUCGAAUCAGCAAAGGAAGAAGCUGAAAUAGAGGAACUUUUAAAACCAGAAGAACCUGAUAGUAUAGAAUCAGAAUCUCAUAAAAUGCAGCAUGAUGAACUCUUACAUAGACCCGCAAAUAUGGUUUCUGGAUAUCAGCUACAAGAUUGGGCAGCUGUAACCUAUUUGUUUUUUUUUAAAACUGGAAAGCCAGUGACUUAUCACAAAUUUGCGUCGGGUCAGCCAGAUAACGCUGGAGGAAAAGAAGAAUGCGUGGAAAUUUUCAAGUAUAACGACAUGGAAAUGUAUUGGAACGAUCUUCCUUGUGACUCUGCUAGAUCCAAAAAGAAAUUUAUUUGUCAGUCGUGAUCAUACUUACCUAGGUACCUACUCUAAAAUUUUUGGUAUACAUAUUGUUAAGACAGGCGACAAAUUACUUCUGAUCUCCCUUUAA